AUGUUUAUUUAUUUAAUUUUAUGUAUUAUAUUUAAUUUUUCUACAUCAAUACCUAUUUCACGAAAUAAAAGUUGUCUUAAAACAACAAGAUGUUCAGAACCUAGAUUUCAAUUAAGUUUAUUAUCAAAUAAUAAUCAAGAUGCUAUAAGAAUAGAUGCAUCAAUUGAUAAAAAUAUGCAAAUUCUUUCAAAAAUAAAACUUUCAAAUUUGUUUUUUGGUCAAUCAAUUUCCACUUUAACACUUUCUUCUACAAUAAUAGGAAAAGAUCCAAUUUUUAAAAUACCUGUUGAAUGUGAUUUUUCUUCACAAACAGAUAUUCUUGAGCAAUCAAUUUUAUAUGGUACAAAUUUUUUAGAAAUUUCAGGUAAAUGCUAUUCAGCAAUCAUAGAAAUAAAAAGAACUAAUAGUGAAGAUUAUUAUUAUAAUAAAAAAUUCAAUAAUCAGGAUAAACAAAUGUAUUCAGUAACAUCAAAUAAAACAUUAACUAAUAUUUUAAAUGUAGUAUUUAUAUUAAUAUUAAUAAUUACUUUUAUGAUUAUAUCAAGUUAUAUAACAAUAUUAUUGAUGAGAGAAAGAAGCGAAAAUACGGUAUGUGGAAGAGUAAGAAGAAAUCAAGAAGUAAAUGCUUUUAACGAUAUUAAAGUACCACCAUAUGCAAUUCGUCAAUUUAAAAAAAACAAAUCAAAUUAUGGAUGCAGAGGAAAAAAAACAUUAUCAACAAUUUAUGAAAGUGAUGAUGAAACACCAAAAAGAAUUCCUAUUGUAUCACAAAAAGAUUCUAGUAAUUGUCAUAGAUUUUCUAUUUUAGAAAAAUUAAGAAAAAAUGAUAAUGAUAAAGUAAAUGAAUGGAUGGAUCAAGGAUAUGUUAGAUCAUCCUGUAUUAUAGAACCUACAUCAUUACAUUCUUCAGAAAAAGAUUCAGGAAUGCCUGGUAGUAGUAUAAAUAAAAAUGCAACACCUAGUGAUUGUGGAACAUCAUUAUUUGGAGGAGCUUCUGGAAGAGAAGAUGAAAUUUAUAUUGAUGUAAAAAAUAUAAUUGUUUAA